UGUUUUUUAUUUAUUGAAAUUUCUGCAUUUAGAUUAUUUUUCAUGUUUAUUUCGAUCUGAUUGUUGGUGUGGUGCCGUUUGUUGGCGGCGGGGGUGAAAGGGGAGAAAGGUUUGAUUUUUAUUUUUAAUUUAAUUUUUUUGUUUUGGAAAUUUGAAUUGCGAAUGUCGCGUGGUUGUGGUUUUGCGUUUUUUUGUGGUUGAAUGCUCAGAUCUGCUUUUGGUUUUCAUUUUAUUUUGACGCCCGGAAUCUUCUAGAUGUAUGGUUCUUUUGGUAUCUUCGCCCCCAUGUUUGGGUUCUGAUUUUUAUAUUGAAAUAAUGGUGUUUGUUUGUUUGUGCAGAGGCAAUAAGUAAUCAAAAAUCAUGUGUUUAUGUUUAAUUGCUUUGCUGGGCAGAUAACUUUUGUGUAUGGUGUUAUUCGUGUACCUUAAAAGCAUAUAUCUUUACCUGUAUAAUUUCUUCGAAUUCGUUUAUUUUGUGGCAGGGCUGUUCAUGUGGAUUUUUUCUUGCUAAUAAUCAUUUGAAUUGUAAGGGGUGGAUUAUCUGUCUCCAUUUUCCUUGUCGGUUUUCUUCUUUCUGUUAUUCUUUGUACUACGAGAGGACAUGUUGCUCUUGUUGAAUUGUGGUGAUACUUGAUCUAGUUUGUUCGACACGCUUGCUGCUGGUUAAAUUUGCCGAAAAAUAUAUUAAUCUUUAGUUUCACACAAAUCUCUUCAUCAUGGUUGCCACCGCCGCAACUUGUGCGUUUCUCCCAGUACCUUCUCCAUCUUCAGACUGCUCCGGAAAAGCAUCCGGAAAGAUAAGUGGCAUCCCUGCAAGCGUUGAUGCCCGUGCAACUAGCGCAAAGUCAAAGUCUUCAUCUGCUGGAAGAUUACAGGUUAAGGCCAGUGCACAAGCCCCUCCAAAGGUUAAUGGCACCAAAGUUGGAGUUAUGGAUGGUUUCAAGACUGACGAUGAGGUGUCUGUGUCACCUCCCCCGAGGACGUUUAUCAACCAAUUGCCUGACUGGAGCAUGCUCCUUGCUGCCAUUACUACAAUAUUUUUGGCCGCAGAAAAGCAAUGGAUGAUGCUUGAUUGGAAGCCAAAAAGGCCAGAUAUGCUUGCUGAUCCUUUUGGUUUGGGGAGGAUUGUGCAGGAUGGUCUUGUAUUUCGUCAGAACUUCAGUAUUAGGUCGUAUGAAAUAGGGGCUGAUCGGACUGCUUCAGUAGAGACAAUGAUGAAUCAUUUGCAGGAGACGGCUCUAAAUCACGUAAAACAUGCUGGAUUGCUUGCUGAUGGUUUCGGUUCAACACCGGAAAUGUGCAAAAGAAAUUUGAUUUGGGUGGUUACUAAAAUGCAGGUCGUUGUCGAUCGUUAUCCGACGUGGGGUGAUGUUGUUCAGGUGGAUACUUGGGUAGCUGCAUCUGGGAAAAAUGGUAUGCGUCGAGAUUGGCUUGUUCGUGAUAGCAAUACGGGCGAAAUAUUAACUAGAGCAUCGAGUUUAUGGGUAAUGAUGAAUAAAGCGACGAGGAGAUUAUCUAAAAUUCCAGAUGAAGUUCGAGAUGAAAUAGCGGGCUAUUUUGUGGAUUCUCCUCCUAUAGUGGAUGACGAUUCCCGGAAGCUACCGAAGCUUGACGAUACCACUGCGGAUUAUGUCCACAGUGGUUUGACUCCUAGAUGGAGUGAUCUAGAUGUGAAUCAACAUGUGAAUAAUGUGAAGUAUGUUGGUUGGAUUCUUGAGAGUGCUCCAUUGCCAAUACUGGAGACUCACGAGCUUGCUAGUAUGACACUCGAGUAUAGAAGGGAGUGCAUGAGGGACAGUGUGCUACAGUCCCUCACAUCCGUUAUGGAUGAGGGUGACGCCGACGUGGCAAAAUCCUCCAUUGUUCAGUGUCAGCAUUUGCUUCGAUUGGAGGGUGGUGGUGAAAUUGUCAAAGGAAGAACUAAAUGGAGGCCCAAAUAUCCCGACAGAAUCGGGAGCCUGGGCCAGUUUCCAGCGGAAAGUGCUUAA